UACUGUUGAGUUUUCAGUGACAGAAUGGAGAUCAUCAUGUAUUUCUCGCUGUUGCUUCUGCUCUGCUCUGUUUCCACAGGUCAGCCAGAGGCAGAUGAAAAAAGUCUUGCCCAGCAGAUUGAGCUCCAACAACCCUGUCCAAAGGACAUCCAUGCUGUGCUGAGAGAGAUUACUGCCUCACUGACUGAACAGAAAGCGAAGAUUGCAUUCCUGGAAAAAGAGAAUCAAGUCAAAAAGGUGGCUUUCUCAGCCUCUCUGCUGUAUCCAAGUCCUGCAGAAACUGGACCCUUUAACACAGAUAUUACCCUGAUCUUCACACGCGUUGUCACAAACAUUGGAAAUGCCUACAACCCUUCUACAGGUAUUUUCACUGCACCAGUGAGAGGAGCCUACCACUUUGACUGGAGUGUAUAUGGAUAUGGAAACAUUGCUGCAGGUGGUGUGUUGUUCAGGAAUGGAGAGCACAUUUUUAUUGCAUAUGAACAUCCAACAUCUGGUACUUCUGCGAGCGCCUCUAACGGAGCCUCACUGCUUCUAGAGGUUGGAAAUCAGGUGUCUGUACGUCUCCUUGGUGGUACAAGGAUACAAGACAGUCAAAAUUACCAUAACACUUUCAGUGGUCAUCUGAUUUUCACCAUGUGAGAGGUGUAACAGCUCCAAAAUUUCCUGUUUGGGUUGUCUUUUGUGGGCAGAGCUUAGCCAAUUUUAGAAGUAAAACAGGAAGUAAAUCACCUGCUGGAAUCAGUUUCUUCUUUCUUUUUUUUUCUCUUCUUUGACAAUCAUGCAGGUAUUUUUCUUAAACACUUAACAGAUGUUAAACUUUAUCUGACUAUCAUGAUAAAAAUGUAAACAGCUGAUUUAGUUUGAUAUAAAAAUGUGUGUCAGUGCUGUGGAGGAAUUUCUAGAAGCUGAAAUGUUUCCUUAUUUUUCAUCUGUAUCUGAAUCCAAAUCCAGACACAGAUAACUGACUGUAAACUUACUUGGGUUUAUUUCUUUCUAUUAUCUAGUUUCAAAAUAAAAGCAUCAUUGAACCAA